AUGGUGAAUUCUCAACUUAUACUGGAUUUCCUUGAGCAACUUCGAAUUCCCGUCAAACGACACGGAAAGAAACCCGAUGAUAUCGCUCAUAACUGCCAAGAUUGUGAAAUCGAAGUUUUCAAUAUUCUCUUUGUAACAACGCAAGACAAGCGUUCUGAAGUUAGGUGCUUCUCAUGUGCACGACGCAAUGAUCCCAGUCUGCAGUCCUUCAGUGUUCUCUCUGAAUAUUACAUGUCUGAAUUAGCUACCAUCUACGACAACUUCCAAACUAAUACCCAUCCUAUCGUAGCCUAUACCGUGGGCAAGUGA